CAGAAAGAGGCAGAGAGAGACGGAGUGAGAGAGACGAUGACAAGCAAAGACGAAUUUUCUCGAGAUCGAGUUGCGAUUCGCUGCGCCAGAGCUACGAUGCUUCUCUAUUCACUCGCAUCGUCCCGCACAAUCGGUUCCGCCGGCGAGAAGCAGGAAGAAGGAGAGUUGCGCAGAGAAAUAGAGAAUCUGAAGAGAAAGCUUGCCAUGGAGAAGAAUAAGACGAACCGGAUUAAGCUUUGCGGUUUAAUGGAGCUGCUUCUUCACGUCGUUCUGGUACUGUUGCUUUCCACUUUCUUCCUCGUCUUCUUCCUCAGAUCUACUUGAUCCCUCCCUUAGAAUCAUCAGCUUUAGCUAUUUCCAGUUUCAACAGAAACAGUUUCUUAUGUAAAUGGGAUCAUCCUCGCUUUAUCAGACCUCAGUUGCUUAUUAUCUGUAAUUGCUAAAACAAAAUUUCAACCAAAUCACCUACGUCUGUGUUGGAAUCUAUAAGGAUUUUAAAGAGCCU